AUAUUGAACAGAACUAAACAGCUAGAAACGGUUCAAGGAAAUAUUGCGUAAAUGUAAACAAUGUCGUUCAGAAGUUUCUAUCGGAAAAUAUUUAUGAAGUUUAAUAGCUUAAAUAAGCAUGAUUUUUCCCGAAAAGCAUUUUAUUUUUCUGAAGUUAAUAAAGAUAGAAUCUGUUACCUCGGAGCUACUUUGGGUGCUGGUGUAACUUUGUUAAUAUUUAGCGAUAAACUUCAGAAAUUUGGUGCUAAAAGAGAUAUAGCAUUAGUUCGUGCCAAUCAACAAACAAAACCUUCUAAAGAUGAAGAUGUGCAAAUGUCUCAGUUAACCCAGAGAGAGAGAAGAUAUAUAAAAUUUGCAUCUGUUGAAUAUGAUGGGCAGCUUUAUAUGACACCUCAAGAUUUCUUAGAUUCGGUAACCGAUUCUGAUCCUCGACCUCGACUGAAACGUAAAGUGCUCUCUAAAAAGGAACUUCAUUCAUUAUAUGAUACUACUCCUCAUAGACGAAAAGGGUCUACUAGUUUGUUUCGAUCUUUGCAUGACAGAGGCAUCAUAUCAUAUACUGAAUACCUCUUUCUUCUUUCAGUACUGACAAAACCUCAAUCUGGCUUUCGUAUUGCUUUUAAUAUGUUUGAUACUGAUGGUAACCAAAGAGUUGACAAAAAAGAAUUUCUAGUGGUUCUGCAUCUUUUAGUUAAAUCAUUUUUUAAAAAAACUGCUGAAAAUCUAGGACUUUAUUCUGGUGUAUCUCCUAAUGUUCUGGAGAAAAUUUUUAGCACAGUUGCAAGAAAAGGAAAUAUGUUACGAAGAAAAGAUCGAUCUGGUAGCGAUGAUGAUGCAGAUUUUGAUACUGUGGAUACAACUUUAUUGAUUCAUUUGUUUGGAAAAAAAGGAAAUGAAGACCUCAGUUAUGAUGAUUUUUAUAGGUUUAUGGACAACCUUCAAACUGAGGUACUUGAAUUAGAAUUUACUGAGUUUUCCAGAGGAAUGCCUACUAUUUCUGAAGUUGAUUUUGCACGAAUUUUGCUACGCUAUACUCUUGUGCACAGUAGUGAUUAUGAAGCUUAUAUUGAACGUGUUCAUGAGCGUAUUCCUGAUGAAAAGGGUAUUUCUUUUUCCCAAUUUAAAGCAUUUUGUCAGUUUUUGAACAACUUAGAUGAUUUCUCUAUUGCCAUGAGGAUGUUUACUUUUGCAAAUAGGCCUAUAUCUCAAGAGGAAUUUCAUCGUGCUGUUGCCAUAUGUACUGGACAUAGUCUGGAUGCAAAUUUAGUAAAUGCUGUAUUUCAAAUCUUUGAUGAAGAUGGUGAUGGACAACUGUCUUAUAAAGAAUUCAUAGCAAUAAUGAGAGACAGGCUGCAUAGAGGUUUCAAGUCUCAUUUGGUAAAGACUGAAGGUUGGGAAGCAUUUAAAUCAUGCAUAAAGACUGAGAUGAGAAAUUAAGUGGAAGACUUGGAUUACAGAAGUAUAGAUGAAUGGUUUUUUAGGGAAAAUAAAGUAAGUGACAAUUAUAUUGAGAACUCUCAAUAUGUAUAAUAAAUAAAUAAUAAUGGAUACUUCAUGAAAAGUCAAAAAAAAGAUGUCACUUACCUUGUUUUUCUAUAAAAUCAGAGAAAUAGUGAUUUAAGUGCAAUUAACAUUUAUUCCUGAAUUAUUGUCAAUAUUGUUAAAGCAAUAAUGUAGAUUAUAUUUAGUAUGUAGAAAUUUCUAAAAAUGUAAUAUACACAGCAAAGUAUAAAUUUAAAGCGUAUGUGCCUACAUAAUUUUUCAUCAAUUACGUAACAGUAGCUUAUAGCAUUUACUUAUUAACUGUUCAAAUUUCAUAUAAAACAGAGUUUCUAUAAAAUUUUUUGCAAUUUAUUACAAUGUGAUAGAUAAUACAUGAGAAUUUUUUGAAUUCCUUAAAUUGCAUUUUGUAUUUAUUUAAAAAUAUUUUUUCUUGGGUGCUCAGGGCACUAAUGAACUCCUUAGUGCAUACUUUAGAGGGUAAAGUGCAAUUAUGGAACACAAAUGGACAGGUACAAAAUAUCAUAUCAUAUAACCCAUUGUCAGCACUCAUUUUAAUUCUCAGGACACUAGAGAGUGUUUGUUAACAGGUGCAUAGUUUGGUUUAGGGACAAAAUCUUGUGGGCAAAAUUUCUCUUUCACAAAAACUCACGAGAUCAAUAUCUCAUGUGGGUGAAAUUUUGCUGGGUCGAAAUCUCAUGUGGACAUAAUAUCGUGUAUGCUGAUUUUUAUUAAUUUUUAAUGUGAAAUCUUUAAGAAAAACACCUCUCUCUCUCUUUUCUUGUGCUUAGGACCCACCUUGUCUUAAUUAGUGGUUAUUUUAUUCACUUAUUCAAAAAAAUUUUCUAAAUAUACAAAAUAAAGAAGAUACUUAUAAGCUCACAUUAUGAUUCUACUACGAAUUAUGUGCAAUUCCACGGAGGUAGCUCAUCAUUGUUCUGUUACCCUAAUCUUCAACAAUAUUUCAAAUUAUUGGUUUCAUGUCUUUAUAUCAUGUCAUUAAUUCUUUUAGUUUCACUUCUGCCUGCAAUCAAGUGUCCAAUUUUUACUUUCUUUAAAGACCAUUCUUUCUGAUGAAAUUGUAAGCAUUUUCAAAUACUAGAUGAUGAACUCCUAAUAACGAGCUAAAAUGCUAGCCUUCAAUAACACUGUAUGUACUUGGAAGUUCAUUUGCUACUUCUCAAAAACAAUUCCACAUUUUAAUUGGAAAACGGGCGUAGGCAUUGCCCAGUUUUUUUAGACCUACCAAUCUUUAUUUUCUUCGAGAUCUGAUACAGAUGCUGAAAAACGUUUUGUAAAUACAUCACUAUCUGAAAUAAAUUUGAAUCACAGCUGAAUGCAAUCUCAAUCACAUCUACUGAUACAAAUGCAAAUGCAGCUAACUUUCUUUAUUCCGAUGUAUAAUCCAGGUCAUUUGUGUAUCUGUUUGACAUUAUAAAAGAUCACAAGAUCAUGUAUAAUAAUAAAAGGCUUUUCCUAUAAAAUCUGCAGAAUAUAUAUGAUUUUAAUAAUAAAAGUUUUUUUUUCCAAGUAUUUGGUUGGAUCCACACAAGAUUUUGUUAUUUUGGCUAUAAAAUUUCGUCUCAACACCUAUAGUUUGUGACAAUGCUAAUUCACUAUAUUGAGGGUGCUGUGAAUGCACCAUUUUAGCACUCUUUCCACUCCUAAUAUCCACCACAGAACUGACAAACGACCUGCUUUUGCUCUGUUGUUGGGGUAACUGCUUCUUCUAGAACUUACUUUUUUGUAAAAGACUUUUUGUAAUGGCUUGCUUUGCAUUUAUUUUUUUCUGAAAUCAUGUCCUAACUAAUCAACAACUCACCACAGUUAUAAAUCCUGAUUUUGUUCUGCCCACUCAGUAAAGCCCUCCAGCAUCUUAAAAAUGAGUUCCAGGUUGUUUGGUGCUGGUCUUGUUCUGUUCUAUCUCUACCUAACAUUUGCCGCAGCAGUUUUGUCAUACCCUAUUUUACAAUAAUAAAUAUUUAACUAACAAAACAAUACCUUUUUAUACAUAGAUUGGCCAUUCUAUUCUAAAUUGAUAUGUGACCCAUCCUGCAUCAAUUUUAUUUUGGUUAAGUUAAGAUUGGUGGUAUACAAAUUCUUAAACUGCUAAUUGCAUUUUUACAAAGAAAGCACUUAAAACAUGAUUUUUUGCUUGUGUGAUACAGAUAAAAAAAUGUCAUUAUUUAUUAAUCUUAAAAGGCUGUUGAGCUUCUCUUAUGAUCAAUAUAAUAAAAUAACACUCUUUUGACUCAAUUUCCUGUACUCAGCUUUUGUUUUAUUGCAGACUGUUGCAAAUGCUAUAAAUAAAGAAUUGCAUUGCUAAAAUUCACUUAAAAAAUGCUAAAAAUUGAUAAAUUAGUAUAAAGUAUAUUUGGAAAAAAAUGUAUGCUUGAUAUUUUUUAAUUUUUUUAUGAUAGAAUGCUAUUUUUGCUUCGUACUAUGUCUUUGUUUAUGCUUAUAAAAUCUGCCUAGGUUACCUUAAUGACAUUUAACUUUUUCUUCCAUAUUUAUUUAUUAUUUUUAUUUUAGUAAAUUUAAACUGUACUGUUCAAAACAGAAGUUACGUAACUUACACCUAUUUUAUAUUGGAUGUCAUUUAAUCAUUUAUUGAACUUCAAAACCCAAACUAGUUAAGUGUUGAUUGAUGAGCAUUGAAAGUAGCUAAUGUAGUUCAUACAAAAAAUGAGUAGAAAAAUAUCGUUGAAAUUCUUUGUGCACAAUUAAAUGUUUACUUUUCAAUCCUAUGUUCUAAAAUCAAAUGUUUAUGUUAUGUUAGUAGGUUAUUUAUAUUUAUGUAAAAACACAUGUAUAUAGAUUUUGUAAAUUAUUUAUUACUCUCAUUGUUCAUGAAAUGGAAUAAGUGUGAAAUCUAAAUUCUUUUUCAGUUAUAACCUUCUUUUUCAUGUUAUAAACUAAUAAAAAUUAAAUAUAUCAUAUA